AUGGCCACUGGCCCACCAGAUGUCAGAUUGUUGUUUGGGCCUAUGCUCUUAGGUGUUUUCCUCAACAUGAUUCUUUACGGGAUCCUGAUCGUACAGAUGCUUUCUUACUUCAAGAUGUAUCGCAACGACUCGCUAUAUAUGAAGCUCUUUGUUGGAUACCUUCUGGUCGUCGAAACUGCAAACACGGCGUUGGAUAUGCACAUCAUGUACGAACCACUGAUUCUUAACUUCGGGCUGCCCGACACGAUUAAACGCUUUCCCACAUUGUUUGUCACUGAGCCACUCAUUAUCGUCCUUGUCUCUACGCCCAUCCAACUCUUCUUCGCUUGGCGGAUCUACAAGGUUACCAGGAGUUACUGGGUCCCCGCAGUUAUCUUUUUGUUCUCGAUCACUGCCCUUGCUGGUGGAGUCUGGACCACCGCCAAACUUGGCAUCAUCCAGCUCUUCUCGCGAAAGCCGGAGCUGCACACUCCCGCUCUGCUCUGGUUCCUCUCCGCUUCUGUUGCUGAUAUCUGCAUAACGGUUGCCUUAGUCGUCAGUCUUACACGACGUAAGACAGGGUUCGAAAGGACGGACUCAGUUAUAGAUAAGAUCAUUCGAAGUAGGAACUUCAUCUGGGAUCUUGCCCUCUCAAAGCUCUAUUCCAACUGUCUUCUCUCAACCCUCAACGCUCGUGAAACACUCGUCAAUCACCCUUCCUUAGGGUCCUCAAAUGGUAAUGUGAAUUGCAAUAUCAGCGCCAGUGGACCGCGAAGGCAUACAGAGUCAUUCAUGCCUCUGCGUGCGCCCAAUUUCUAUGAACUAGAUACACACGUCGUGAAGGCACGCGAGGGGUCGUUGGUCGAUGAUCUGGAGUACGGGGUCACCGUUACCAAGGUGGUAGAACAGCUAGAGGAGCCUGCUCCGAAGAGGUCUCAGUGGUAA